AUGAAAACAAUUUCCAUAAACUCAAUCCAAAAUCCGAAAUCUGUUCAAGAAGUUUUAGAUGAGUAUUAUUAUGGAUAUCAAGGUCAACCAUCUCUGAAAUAUUUGGAAGAAAGUCAAAAAAGAUGGAGAAAGGGCAAUAAAAACUUGUCAAAAACAUUUAGUAGACGUUUUAGAGUUGUUACUGCUGUUGAAAUUGGUACACAGAUGUAUGCUGCUGAAAUGGGUGGUAAUGAAGCUUUAGCUAAGGAACGUGUUGUCAAUGAGCUGGAAAAUUUAAGAAAUAGAGAAAAUGGCGGAAGAGAAACAAUGUACUGGUUAUUCCAUCAUAUUCCAGAGCACUUGAAGAGAAAGCGUUGA